GUAAACACGGAAAAGGGCGGUAGCGGAGAAUCUGCUGAGCAGGCUGGCGGUUAGCCUAAAAGAUAGAGAUUUAAUCCGGUUCAAAUGUUUCUCCUGAGUGGUUUUAUUGUCAUUUCAGGUUCAGGAACUUUGUUACAAACUAACACAGCCGGCGGUGGAGUCAGGGAUGUCUGUUAUCAUACAGACUCGUGGUGAAGUAGGCGGGGGUGUCGCGGCUCACCUCCAGUGCCCCCACUGUGGCCAUUUUUCCAAGAGCCACGCCCACCAGCUCUCCCACAUUGCGGCAUCCCACCCCUCCUGCCUUGACGGUGUGGUGAUGGGACGCCUCGGGAACAUCCUGAUGUACCAGAGCGGCGCCCGGCUCUUCCACUGCUCCUACUGCUUCUACACCAGCAGAGACUUCACCAAGCUCUACAAGCACAUCAUCACCAAACACUGCAUGGAUGAAAGGGACAAGGGAGGCGACAACGGGAGCGAGAAGGGUGACGAGGAGGACGAAGAAAUGAAAGAUGCCACCAAAAGAAAGCAAACUAUUAAGACUGAGGAAGAGGAAGAAGAAGAAGGGAAAGGUGACGCCAAAAGAAAGAAGAGCAAUGAGGAGGAAGUAGAAGGAGGGAAAGAUGAAUCUAAAAUAAAGAGCAUCAAGACUGAGGAAGAGGAGGAAGGAUGCAGGGACGUCCUGAAAAGAAAGAGGAGCAGUGAGGGUGAAGAAGAGGAGGAAGGAGAGGGGGUGGAGUCGGUUAAAUGUGAGUAUGAAGACAAAAGUGUGCUACUGUUUGAUGGCGCCAGGUACCGCUGCCUAAUCUGUGGUUGGAAGAACAAGCUGAAAGCUGUGGGUGUCAGCCACGUGGUGCGCAAGCACAACAUUCCCAAAGCGUACGCCAACCAGGCCAUCAGACGUGACGUUGCUGCAGCCAACCAGACGCAGAGUGGCGGGGGGGUGGAAGAGGAGGAGGCAUCGGUGGCCGGGCUGAGCGGUGAGCUGCUGAAGGAGGAGAUGGAGGCUACGGCCAAAGUGGUGCGCUUCAUCUCCAACCGCUUUGUGUGCCUGAUGUGCGGCUGGAAGACCAAACUCAAAGGUUUUGCCAUCAGUCACGUGGUGCGUUGCCACGACGUCGAGCGGCCGUACAGCUGCAAGGACUGCAAGCGCAGCUUCUUCCUGCCGAGCCGGCUGCAGCGGCACAUCAGCUCCGCCCACCGGCCCGGCCGCUACGCCUGCCCCUUCUGCUGCUUCAGGUCGCACUUCCUGGGAGGCUUCAGGAGACACUGCAGCCGCUGCAACGCCCGUGAGGAGGAGGGGGAUGGCGGUGAUGGAGGGGCAGUGGAGGAGGAGGACAACGAGGAGGAGGAGGAGGGAGAGGACAGGAAGGAGACGAGAGGGGAGAAGAAACGCAGAAGUCUGGGGAUGGCGGCGGCGGAGGAGGACGACGAUCAGGACGAAGAUGACGAAGACUGAAGAGGAGGAGGAGCUACAGAAGCACGCGAUACUCCGCUGAACAUUUUUAACCUGCAGAGAACAAAUAUGUUUCACCAAGUCCGAAUAAACGUAUUUUUUUACGA